CGCAGCGCGAGUGCACGCGCGGUACGACAGGCGAGUGAUUGUAGCCGAGAAGAAAAAGGAGAGAGCAGAGAGUGGAGCUGAAGGAGGAGGACGACGUGACGGGAGGACUGUGACCAGGAGCUCUCAGGACUACGACACACACACACACACACACAGAGGAGAAACUGGAUCAUAUCUGAGGCACAUUUGGAGAUUCGUGCAGCGGGAGACGUGGUGCGGACUGUUACGCACGACAGCGUUUCCCUGCGGUAAAAUCAGCAGGACUUUUUUGGACAGGACGCGCACGGACGGCUUGCCUGCUCUUCCUCGUCACAAACAGAGGGUUUAUAGCGGGGAGGUUUACGGAGCAGCGGACUGAAGGCACAGAGGAGGAGUUGGGAUGUCCUGAGUUAGUCCUCCGGGCCCAGAGAGCGGUGUGCUGAUGGGACCUGCUGCGCCACCAUGAGCUUACAAGAUGGCGGCUGCAGCUACGCCAGCAGCGCCAACAUGGCCACCGCUAGUGGCAGCAUGCGGCGGCGCCUGGAGGACCAGGAGUUCUCCUUGCGCGUCUACCCAGGCGCCUUGGCUGAGGGGACCAUCUACUGCCCUGUCAGCGCCCGCAAGAACACCACAGCUGCUGAAGCCAUCGAGUGCCUCAUUGAGCUGUUGCGUCUGGAUCGUACCAAGUGCUACGUGUUGGCCGAGGUGAAGGAGUUUGGCGGGGAGGAAUGGAUCCUGAACCCUGGCGACUGCCCUGUUCAGCGGAUGAUGUUGUGGCCACGGAGCGCCUUGGAGAACCGCAGCGGCCUGGGCAGUGGCGAUGACUACCGCUUCCUCCUGCGGGAGAAGAACCUGGAUGGAUCUAUUCAUUAUGGCGGCAGCCUGCAGAUGUGGCUGCGGGUGACUGAGGAGCGUCGCCGCAUGGUGGAGCGGGGUUUCCUCCCCCAGCCUGCAGGGAGCGACCCUCCGUCCGACCUCUGCGCUCUCCCGGAGCUAGCAGAACGCACCAUUUUGGAAAGCCUGCGUGCACGUUUCCGCCAGGAGAAGAUCUACACUUACAUUGGGAGUAUUCUUAUUGUUGUUAACCCCUUUCAGUUCCUGCCAAUCUACAAUCCCAAAUAUGUCAAAUUGUACGACAACCACACGCUGGGGAAGCUGGAGCCCCAUAUUUAUGCUGUGGCGGAUGUGGCGUAUCAUGCCAUGCUGCAGCGACGGAAGAACCAGUGCAUAGUGAUAUCUGGGGAGAGCGGGUCUGGGAAGACUCAGAGCACCAACUUCCUCAUUCAUCACCUGACUGCGCUCAGCCAGAAGGGAUUCGCCAGCGGGGUGGAGCAGAUCAUCCUGGGAGCGGGGCCAGUGUUGGAAGCCUUUGGGAACGCUAAGACUGCCCACAACAACAACUCCAGCCGCUUCGGCAAGUUCAUUCAGGUCAACUACCAGGAGAGUGGCACCGUCAGAGGAGCGUAUGUGGAGAAGUACCUGCUGGAGAAAUCACGUCUGGUGUACCAGGAGCACAAUGAGAGGAACUACCAUGUUUUCUACUACCUGUUGGCCGGAGCCAGUGAAGAAGAGAGGAAGUCCUUCCAUCUGCUCAAACCUGAGGAAUACCACUACCUCAACCAGAUGACAAAGAAAUUGCACAAACUCCACUGGGACAAUUACUAUGAGAGCGAUCUGCAGGACUGCUUCACAGUGGAAGGAGAGGAUCUGAAACACGACUUUGAGCGGCUGCAGCUGGCUAUGGAGAUGGUCGGCUUCUUACCCACCACACGCAAACAGAUCUUCUCGCUGCUGUCAGCAAUCCUCCACCUGGGAAACAUUCGCUACAAGAAGAAGACCUACAGGGACGAUUCCAUCGACAUCUGCAACCCAGAGGUCCUGCCCAUCGUCUCAGAGCUGCUAGAGGUCAAAGAGGAGAUGCUGCUGGAAGCGCUGACGACCAGGAAGACUGUGACUGUUGGAGAGAGGCUUAUCGUACCCUACAAACUUGCUGAGGCUGGCACGGUGAGGGACUCCAUGGCCAAGUCUCUGUACAGCGCGCUGUUUGACUGGAUUGUGUUCAGGACCAACCAUGCCCUGCUGAACAACAAGGACCUGGAGGACAAUUCAAAGAUCCUGUCGAUAGGAGUCCUGGACAUCUUUGGUUUUGAGGAUUAUGAGAACAACAGUUUUGAACAGUUCUGCAUCAACUUCGCCAACGAACGACUGCAGCACUACUUCAACCAACACAUCUUCAAAUUAGAACAGGAGGAGUACAGGGCAGAGGGCAUCACCUGGCACAACAUCGAAUACAUCGACAACAGCAGCUGCCUCAACCUCAUCAGCAAGAAACCCACAGCGCUGUUCCACCUGCUGGACGAGGAGUGCAAUUUCCCCCAGGCUUCCAAUCAGACCUUGCUGGACAAGUUCAAGCGUCAGCAUGAAGGAAACAGCUACAUCGAGUUCCCUGCUGUCAUGGAGCCCGCCUUCAUCAUCAGACACUACGCUGGUAAAGUCAAGUACGGAGUCAAGGACUUCAGGGAGAAAAACACUGACCACAUGCGUCCCGACAUUGUGGCUUUGCUCAAGAGCAGCAAGAACGCCUUCAUCUGUGGCCUGAUGGGAAUCGACCCUGUGGCGACCUUCCGCUGGGCCGUGCUGCGAGCCUACUUCAGAGCCCUGGUGGCUUUCAGGGAGGCCGGCCGCAGACACACCCACAAAAAAACUGGUAAUGAUGCAGCAGUUCCCUGUAGUGUUGUCAAAACUGUCGACAGCUUUAGUUUCCUCCAUCAUCCGGUUCACCAAAGGAGCCUUGAGAUCCUUCAAAGAUGCAAAGAUGAGAAAUACAGUAUCACCAGGAAGAAUCCCCGGACACCUCUGUCAGAUCUUCAAGGCACCAAUGCCCUGAAUGAGAAGGCCAGCUGGGAUGGCUACGGUGUCGGCUGCAACGGUCGCAGCUCCAGGACCGGUCGUAUGUCCUCGACAGGAAGUCCCGCCCUGGAAGAAGACGGGAUUUUCAUCAACUCGACCAGCAGCAAGCUCCUGGAGAGAGCUCAGGGCAUCCUGCUGAGAAACAAAAACAUCAAAAGCAAGCCAACCCUUCCCAAGCACUUGUUGGACGUGAAGUCUCUGCGUUACCUGAGCAGCGUGACGCUCCACGACCGCAUCACCAAGUCUCUGCUUCACCUGCACAAGAAGAAGAAGCCGCCCAGCAUCAGCGCACAGUUCCAGGCGUCCCUCAAUAAGCUGAUGGAGACUCUUGACCAAUCAGAGCCGUACUUUGUGAAGUGUAUUCGCUCCAACGCUGAGAAGCUGCCGUUGCGUUUCAAUGACAGCCUGGUGCUCAGACAGCUCAGAUACACAGGUAUGCUGGAAACCGUCCGGAUCCGACAAUCAGGAUACAGCAUCAAGUACACCUUCCAGGACUUUGUGCGUCACUUUCAUGUGCUGCUGCCUCGAGGCACGAGUGCGACCAAGUCAGGCAUCAGGGAGUUUUUCAGACGGAUCCACCUGCCGCCUGCUGGGUAUCAAGUUGGCAACACGAUGGUGUUCCUGCGGGAGGCGGAGCGUCAGCGUCUUCAGACCCUCCUCCACCAGGAAGUGCUGCGGCGAAUUGUCAUGCUGCAGCGCCGCUUCAGGGCCGUCCUGGAGAGGAAGCACUUUGUCGAUAUGAGGAGAGCCGCCGCUGUCAUCCAGCGAUGGUGGCGAGGCUGCCUCCUCAAGCAGUCCACCAUGGACUCUGGUGAUGAGGAGGAGGCGGCGGUGUGCCUGCAGGCGGCCUGGAGGAGCUACAGGGAGCGCAGGAGGUUCCUGCAGAGGCGAGAUUCUGCAAUCGUCAUACAGAGGAGCUGGAGACAUUACUGUCACCGCAGAUCUUUGGCCGCUCUAACCAUUCAGACAGCCUGGAGAGGGUUCACAGUGAGGAGCCGCUACUGUCGGACGUACAGGACGGUGACGCAGCUGCAGGCGAUGGGCAGGGGACACCUGGCUCGACUCAGGUUCAGAGAAGUGAAGGAGCAGCAUGAAAGACAGCAGAGUCCACCACCAGAGAUGGAGGCAGGAACCAUGGAGGACCUCGCCUCAUCAGGACAGGAAGGUUACAUCCAGGGCGUCUCUGUAGACCUGUCUGAAGACUCUAAGCCUGUUCUGAUAGAUGUGGGAGAGACAGAAAGAGAGGAGGACUCAGAGCGAAGUCGGAGCGCGGACGAGACGAGCCACAGGAACCGCUCGAAACGAGAGAGCAGACGGAUGAGAGAGCUGGAGCAGGCUCAGUUCAGCUUAGAGCUUCUUAAAGUCCGAACCACCAGUGUGCAAGAAGACCCAGACAGCAGCACCUGUCAGCUGGAAGACCAUCACAGACUCUCACCCCGGGGAUCUCCAGCUAGUCACGGAAGUUUUGAGCUGCUCAGUGUUGAAGACAUGGAGACUGAAGGCUCUGGGGGAUUUGGUUCCCAGUUGACUGCACCUCAAGAAUACCCCCAAGCACUUGACAUCCACCUACAUGAGGGGCUGAGGGAUUCAAACUUUAAUGAGAAGCCUAUGAUCGAGCCACUAAACAAGGCAGAAGGUCAGAGAGCAACAUUUUAUAUUGCUUCUGACCAAAGUCCAGCUCAUGAACCCAAAUUCGAAAGCCCCAGCAAAUCUUACAGAGAGAGAAAGGAGUCCACGUCACGAAGGCCUGUGGUGGUGUUGAUCAGUAUGCAGAAGGAGAGUCCAGUGGAUGAGGGGGAGCUGCUGGCAGCCCAAACCCUACAAGUAGCAUCUGAAACAGGAGCAGCAUCAACUGGUUCCCAAAUGUCCCCUGUUGAGGCAGUAUCAGAGAUGGAACAGCCUCAUGCGAUUGCUACCCCGGCUGAGAGUGACGUAUGUAAAGUGGACAAGUCUCCUGGGGUCCCAUCUUCAACUGUCCAUGUAUCAAGUCCAGAAUCAGGGAUUUGCUCCUCGGAGGUUGACAUCCAGAUCGUCCUGGAGCCAAAGUCCAGCAUUCCCACUGCCCUCCCCAGUCGGCAAGAGAAGAAUAAGGCGAACCGACCGGUGCAGCAGGCUCCCAGCCCGGUCCUGGACACCAAACCACCAAAGGCUCAGAAGAAGAGCUCAGGCCAGACUGUGAUUGUGAACAUGGUGGAGAAACCCUCCAACACUGUGUUCUCUCCGCCCAGACGCAAGCUGCCCUUCUCCAAGUCAGAUAAGGAUUUGGUGAACCAGGAAAGAUCUUUGGCCAUGUUUAGAGACGACUCUAAAUCUGCUGGAUCCAGAAACAGAGAGCAGGUGGGCCGCCCCGGCCCCAAAAAGAAAGCGCGAAUGUCCCGGACGCGCUCCGACUUCCUAACCCGCUGUAACUCUGAGGGGGCGACCCAGUCGGAUGACGACGAUGAAUACUACAUCCCCGCCCACUCCCACACGCUGCCCCCCUCCCUGUCUCUCCCAAACACCCACCCCGAGGCUGACUGUCACAGCGACUCCGAGAUGCCUUCUCACAAAGAUCAGAAGAAGAUCCAUAAGACCAUGUCAUCAGGAGACCUGGGCAAAGUGGAGGUCCUCAGGAAAACCUCCAGCCAGGAUGGAAGCAGGAUGAAAGGAAAGAUACGAUUCUGGAGUAAGACGAAGCACGGCGAGAAGAAACUGUCGAGAGAGAAGCAGGCCAGCAGGAGCGAAGCUGGAGAGGCACAUGAAGGCCCCUCUUCUCCUCCUCACAGUCCAGAUUUGGAGGCAGCUUCCUCUCGGGGGGUCAGGGACAGUAAGGAGAACAAGGAGCCGUCUCCAAAGAUGAGGAGACGUCGCAGCGUGAAGAUCAGCAGCAUCGCUCUGGAACCUGCCCAGUGGCAAAACGAUGCGCUGCACAUCCUCAGCUCGGCCCACGACUACCGAAGCAUGAACGACUUCCUCAUGAAAAAGAUUACUGAGUUGGAGUCUGAAGAUGGUAAGAAAGACACCAUGGUGGACGUCGUCUUCAAGAAAGCACUGAGGGAGUUCAGGAUCAACAUCUUCAACUCGUACUCCACCGCUCUGGCUAUGGAUGAUGGGAAGAGUAUCCGCUACAAGGAUCUGUACGCCCUGUUUGAGCACAUCCUGGAAAAGACCAUGCGCCUGGAGCAGAGGGACUGGUGCGAAUCGCCGGUGAAGGUGUGGGUCAACACCUUCAAGGUCUUCCUGGAUGAGUUCAUGACCGAGUAUAAGCCUAUGGAGGGAACGAUUGGCAGGGCUCCUAAACGUGAACGCAAGAAGUCCAGGAAGAAGGAAACUGACAUUGUGGAGGAACACAACGGCCACAUCUUCAAGUCGACACAGUACAGUAUCCCCACCUACUGCGAGUACUGCUCCUCGCUCAUCUGGAUGAUGGAUCGAGCCUGCGUCUGCAAACUGUGUCGCUACGCCUGUCACAGGAAGUGCUGCUCCAAGAUGACCACCAAGUGCAGUAAAAAGUACGACCCGGAGCUGUCGUCGCGGCAGUUUGGCGUGGAGUUGUCCCGUCUGACCAGCGAGGAGCGAACGGUCCCGCAGCUGGUGGAGAAACUCAUCAACUACAUCGAGAUGCACGGCCUCUACACGGAGGGGAUCUACAGGAAGUCGGGCUCCACCAAUAAGAUCAAAGAACUGCGCCAGGGACUGGACACAGAUGUGAACAGCGUAAACCUGGAUGACUACAACAUCCACGUCAUCGCCAGCGUUCUCAAACAGUGGCUCCGGGACCUGCCCAGCCCUCUGCUGACCUUUGAACUGUACGAGGAGUUCCUCAGGGCCAUGGGUCAGCCAGACAAGCGGGAGGUGAUCAGAGGGGUGUAUUCGGUUAUCGACCAGCUCAGCAGGACUCACCUCAGCGCACUGGAGCGCCUCAUCUUCCAUCUGGUCAGGAUCGCCCUGCAGGAGGAGACUAACAGGAUGUCAGCCAAUGCCCUUGCCAUUGUGUUUGCUCCCUGCAUCCUUCGCUGCCCUGACACCAUCGACCCGUUGCAGAGUGUCCAAGACAUCAGCAAAACCACCGCGUGUGUGGAGCUGAUCAUCAAUGAGCAGAUGGGCAAGUACAAAGCUCGCUUGAAGGACAUCAGCAGUCUGGAGUUUGCAGAAAGCAAAGCUAAGAGCAGACUGACCCACAUCAGGAGGUCCAUGAAACCUGUACUAAUUGCGGUUAGGUUUAUGAGCAUAACCCGCACUGCCACCCCGCCUAACACAGCUAAACUUAAGAGCAAAGGCCGUGUUCGGCAAAGCAGCACCCACGUGACCUCGCCUCCUCUCAGCCCCAAAGCAGCCGCUGUAGUGGUGGAUGGAGAGGGCUCAGGAGGAGGAGGAGGAGGAGGAGUAGGAGGAGGAGGGGGAGGAGGAGGAGGAGAGGAUGCAGCAGAGGCUGGGCUGAACGAGCAGCAGCAGCUGGCGAUGCAGCAGGAGGAGCGAAUUCUCACAGAGCAGAUCGAAAGUCUGCAGAAAGAAAAGGAGGAGCUGACGUAUGAGAUGCUGAUCUUGGAGCCUCGGAUGUCCGACGAUGAGACUCCUGAAUCUGAAGCAUCCAUCGGCACAGCGGACAGCUCUGAGAACAUCACCAUGGAGACGGAGGGAGCCACAUCAGACCCCUCUGAGCGAGGCACUUAUCGCGCCAGAAAGUCGGAGGCAAAGACCAGACGAGCUUUGCGCCGUCAGCCUGACUCCCAGGACUCCGCAGACUCCACCUCCACCAUUUCCUCCUCCUACCACCCCUCUUCCUCCCUCUCCUCCAAUGCCUCUGGCUCUCCAUCCCCUCACUACCGGUUCCGCUCCUCCUCCUCCGGGCCCCUGCUCACUUCCUGUGGUUUGGGGGCCCCGCUGGCUGAGGCAGAGGGAAGCCACGGUAAGACCCGUCACAGGCUCAGGCUCAGCCGCAGCUCCCCACGUGAGCCCUCAGGAAGCCACCGAAGGGAGUCGGACUUCAGCUCGGGGCCACAGCAGCUGGUUCUGUACGGCAGCAACGAGUUCAUGGUGUGAAGCCGAGGAGGGAAGGAACGCCAGCCGCCACCUGUUCGAGUGCAGGGUGGCGUACAGGAGGAGGAGGAGGGAGAGUCCGGGGUCGAAUGAGGCUGGUCACGGGGCGAGGAUUGUGCCCGGUGUCGCCUGCUGCCCCUCCUCGGCACCCACACCCCUCCUCCCCUGGAACAGUCAGAGCAGAGGGCUGUGGGAAUCAAAGAAGACUGGAACUAUGACACAGAGGGACAAAAUGACAGGUCAAAGAAAAAGAGGACUGAAGAAUGCUGGAGCAGAGUGAAGUGAAUAGUCGGCCAUGUUUGUUGACCCUCUGAUCUCAGCGCUGUUUGACCCCUGCUGGAGCACCAGGGGUCGGUCAGAGGAGAGAGUGAAGAAGGGAAGGACGGUUGGUGAGAGACAGAGGAAAAACCCACACAUGCAAAGCCAAAUCUUACAGAGCCCCAUCUUUAUUUUUUAGCAUGUGGGCAGGUGGAUAAAGCCACCCAGAAGAAAUGUAGCCAUACUGACUGAACUGGCGGACAUUUUGUCUGUAACCAGCGCCAAGCUAAGUCUGCUUUUCACGUUUACACAGGACACACCAGCCACGAGGCUGCAUGCUUCUCCAUCACACUUUUUCCUACAUCAGUUUGAAGAGACUGUACAGAAAUAUGUUACAUUAUUAUUAUUAUUAAUUAUUAUUAUUAUUGUUAUUCUGUUACAGAGGAAAAAUGUGUAAAUAGAAACUCCAGUGCUGCUCCUGGGUCGUUCAUUGUUGAUUAGUCUCUAUUUCCUGUUUUCAAUUUUGCAAACUAAAGUGUUCAGGUUCCACUUUUGUUUCUGUGCUGGUUUUGCUCGGUUUACUGUCCUUUGUUUUCUCUGAUUUAACGAUGAACAGAGCCAGCCUCGGGCGUCCUCGGGUUAUACACCUGAGAAAUAAUAGAAGGAAAAGUGUUUGAUCCGCGCCCACAGAGCUACACGUCUGGGGCCAGAUGCAUAAAACUCUGUGUAAAACUGUGUGUCCGCACAAAGACAGACAUAUACAUACACAUUAUUUUUCAUCAGAUCAACAAAGCUGUGCGUAUGCCUGAUUCUGUUUUAUAAAUUUCCAUCAUUGAGGCGCUGGGUGCACAUACACAGGUCUCAUUUCCACACCCACAGUUUGCCAUGAAAGGAUCUAAAAAAAAAAAAAAAAAAAAAAAAAACCAUACAUUU